ACAAAACAAAAAUAAAAGAAAAAUCGUGAAUUUUAAUCGGCUACUUUUAAUUGUGCAUUUUAACAUCUCUUUCUAUGUAAUAAUUAAGCUUUGUUCCUUUUUUAACUGUUAAUGGAUUAAAUUAAUCAUCGAAACUAAUGAAAUCGUGUGAAAAGUUAAUAAUUUUAAAGAAGGAUUUUAAGUACGAAGGAAAGCAAUAAUGGCCACAAGAUUGGCUACUACAAGAAAUAAUUUCAUAACUGUGACACAAGUUAAGAAUGACGAUGAUACAGAUAUAAUUAAUUCGUCAAAUAAUGGAAAUAAUUCGACGGAAAUACAGCGUACACAAAUUACACCCGUUGCCCUGCAUCAUGUCAAUUUGAGUCAGAAGAAGAUAAUCCUUCAAACGGCACCAUCGGGAAAUGUUAGUGUAAUUGACGUUGUGCCUUUAGAAUCAUCAGAUUCAAGUGAUUCACAAAUAAUAGUAGCCGAACCGAUUACAUCAUCACCAAAUAAUCAAUCGAAUGGACAGCAAGUGACUGCACAAGUUGCUGUUGUUCAAGCACAAGGAUCGCCCAAUGGACAACAGUUUAUCACAUUUUCGGCGGAACAAGUUCAGAAACUUCAAUAUGCUCCCCUUACAACUGUUGUGUCAGCACAAGAUGGAUCCUAUGUACAAUAUGUCGAUUCAGAAUUAUAUGCCACAACUUCUGGUCAAGAUUCAUCUCAAAUGACUUAUCCGGUCUAUACUGUUGGAGAUUACACGCCUGGACAACAGUAUUAUGCAGCAACAGCCAGUAACUUUACCAGUAAUUCAUCAAAUGGUAGUGGAAACAACAGUUCAUCUUAUAUUGUUCCAGUAGAAGAGACCAUUCUUGGUGUUACAACGUCUCGUGGAUCUCCUCAAACAUUAUCAGCAGUUUCUUGGCUUGUUGAAAACUAUGAAACUGCCGAAGGUGUAUCCCUUCCACGUUCGACGUUGUACAACCAUUACAUGAGACACUGUAAUGAACAAAAAUUGGAUGCUGUGAAUGCUGCAUCAUUUGGGAAAUUAAUACGUUCAGUAUUUACUGGUUUAAGGACGCGUCGUCUUGGAACGAGAGGAAAUUCCAAAUAUCAUUAUUAUGGCAUUAGAAUUAAACCUGGAUCGAGCUUAUUAAGUACAACGGUUGACGAGAAACCGUCGUCAAAUUCCAGUCAAUAUGGAAAUAGUUCAAGUAGUCAGACUACUCCAAGUAGCAGCGGUAGAAAGAAGUUUAAGCCUAAUCCGGAACCAUUUGAAACUUGUGCACAGUUUCUUGGCGAUGGAAGUCACGUGAUUCCAGCUUUUCCACCAAUUGAUCUCCCACAUUCAAUGACCGACGAGGUAACAUUAGAUGAUGUUGACACAUUGAAGGCUAUUUAUCGUGAGCAUUUGGAAGCUUUUCUCGAUGCUGUAUUGAAUUUGGAAUUUAAUACGAUCGAGUCAUUGUGGCGAGAGUUUUGGCGCGCACAGGAUAAUAAUAAUCUAGACGAAUGUGAAGAGGAAAAGUAUUUAAGUAAAAUGAAGCUCUUCAAUUUGUGUCAAUCCGAAGCUAUUCAGAAUUUUAUGAAGCAAGUUGAUCUUCAAUUUUACCAAAACAUGGUCGAUGUCUUGAUUCCUGAUGUUUUACGUCCAAUUCCAUCAACAUUAACUCAAUCGAUUCGGAAUUUUGCGAAAAACUUAGAAAAUUGGUUAACAUCAGCCAUGAUUGGAUGUCCCGAGGAUAUUAUUCAGAUUAAGUUGAAAGCUGUAUCCGCUUUUAGUCAGACAUUGAGACGAUAUACAAGUCUCAAUCAUUUAGCUCAGGCUGCACGAGCUGUUCUUCAUAAUACAACUCAAAUUACACAAAUGCUCAACGACCUUAAUCGCGUCGAUUUUCAUAAUGUUCAAGAACAGGCAUCUUGGGUGUGUCAGUGUGAUUCUGCAACAGUCCAACGACUUGAAAGUGAAUUUAAAGCAGCAUUACAACAGCAGAAUAGUUUAGAGCAGUGGGCAUCAUGGUUGAGGCAUGUCGUUGAUCAAGCACUUGAAGAUUAUCGCGGUAAAGUGUCAUACGUAAAAGCAGCAAGACAAUUUUUGCUCAAAUGGUCAUUCUACAGCUCAAUGGUUAUUCGCGAUCUCACUUUACGUUCAGCUGCUUCCUUUGGAUCAUUUCAUUUGAUACGAUUAUUAUAUGAUGAAUAUAUGUUCUAUAUUUUGGAGAGAAAAAUAGCCGAAGAGACCAAUACACAACCGAUAGCUGUUAUGUUUGGUGAACAUGGCUUGCAUAUCACGUCAGUUAGCAUGUCAAAUGUUUCUGAUGGAAUUUCCAUAUAUCAUAGUGAUGAAUUUACUAAUGUUAAAGUGGAAUCAUGUAAAAGUGUACGUCAUUAAGUUAAUUGUAACUGUGCAAUUUAUGAUUAUGCUUAAAAACAUUUUGUCUCGUCAUUGUUGACGAUUUAUAGUUCCCAAAGUAAAAACUGAUGGAUAAGGAAAGGUUUAAAUGCAACGAAUUAAAUGUGUAAUUUUAUGUUGCAUUGUGAAGAAAAUCAUACAAAAAUAUUUUGUAAAUUAUUCAUCAAUUUAAUUGGAAAGAUUUUUGGGAAAGAAAAGAAAAAAGUGAAAAAAGUGUUUAGAACUUAGUAAGUUAAGUUGUGUAAAUGAUUUGAAUGUUUUUUACUUCAUUCCACACUGUAACAUUAUCGAUGUGCCUGGUGUAGCUCAAAUUUGAAGCAAUGGAAUUUACUUUUGAAGUUUUGAAAAAAGUAGAAUUUCUUAAACAUUUUAAUGAGGUUGAAGGAGAUUUAAUGAAGAUUUUAAAUUCAAAAAUAAACUGUCAUUAAAAAUUAUUUUGUAAUUUUGCUGGCCAUUUGAAUUCAAAAUUUUGCGAUA